AUGGCUCCCCUCAAAGUGAUAAUCAUAGGCGGUGGCCUUGCGGGCGCCUGCCUAGCAAACGGCCUCCUUAACAACUCCGACUCCAUCUCAGUGACAGUCUACGAACGCGAUCCCCAAGGCUCCUCAAUGGGCGACUACCAAAUCUGUCUGGGAGCCCAUGCCCUUACCGGCUUCAAAGCGUGCCUCACAAAAGAACAGUACGCCCAGCUCCUCCCACUCUUCGGAAAAUCAGGAGGUGUCGUAUCGUCCGCACCAUGCAUCUUCAGUCCUCCUGACCUGAGGGUUCUGAUCGAUCUGAGUAAAGUUCCUCUCUAUGAGAAGAGUGCUCCCAUCGCAAGAACUAGGUUGGAGGACUUUUUGCAGAAACCACUACAAGAGAAGGAUGCUAUUGUGUAUGGGAAGAAGUAUGUGAAGUAUGAGAUCUUGGAAGGAAAGAUGGGACAGAGUAGUGUCAGAGUGCAUUUUGAUGGUGGUACUUGGGAGGAUUGCGAUGUUCUUGUCUCUGCAGAGGGAAGUGGAAGUAGGACUAAUAAGCAAAUUGGUCUCGACAACAUUAUCACAGAAGUCAAGCCAGGACAUGGCGGCUUUUUAGGAGAAUGUCAUCUUCCAUGGUCAGUUCUACAGACUUUACCAAACCAGCUUUUGGAGAAGGGCACGAUAUACACUGGAAACUCCAGGGCCAUGGUCUUCGCAGCUGCAUAUCUACCCGAUAGCCUAUCCAAGCAAUCCUCCGAUAAACCUAUCAACUACGACGAAGAACAAGGAUCACUGUUCCUGGGCAUGUCAUGGAAAACAGGACCUUCAUCAAUGGAUUUUCCAGAAGACAUUGACAAGAAAGCCCUUAUGCGAGAGAAACUCACCGAAGCGGGUUUCCACCCUGACUUUCACAAGCUAGUCGACGCAGUGGAUAAUGAGGAUCUCAUGACUACAUCAUGA